UUUCUUGUUCCUGUCCUUGUUUACCUACUUCACCUGUCCAUUUCUCCGGUGAACCUCCUUUUCUUUUGAAGCCAAUUAUACUACUACGCAGCCUUUCACCAAGUCCCACAGCUCAUCCAAAUUCGACAACAAACGCACCUCACCAUGACUGCCUGGUUCCCCGACCCCAGACGAAUCGUCACCGGCCACAACGAGCAAGGCAAGGCCGUCGUCGUGGCUGAUGGCACGGUGCCCUGCGUGCCGACUCCGCUGGGCGCCAACUUCGCCGUGCUGUACGAGACGCACGAGUUCCCGGCGUCCAAUGACGAAUGGGUCGACCCGACAAAGGUCCGGACCAAGGACCUGGCGAAUGGCAAGGGCGUCGUCCUCCGGGUUGUUGACAUUCCGCCGAAUGUGGAGAAGGCAGGGAUGCUGUUUCAUCGAACGGAGUCGUUGGAUUUUGGAAUCUUGUUCAGUGGAGAAGUGAUUUGUCACCUUGAUGACGAUGUGGAGAUUCACAUGAAGCCAGGCGACGUCUGCGUUCAGCGCGGCACAAUACACGGGUGGACGAACAACACAGAUAAGCCUGCGCGAAUUUAUUUCAUCCUUUCCGCUGCCAAACCAGUCGAGGUCAACGGACAGUCAUUGACGGCUGUGGGAUACUCCAAGAAGGAUAUCGAGUCUGGGGGUCAGUCAAACUAG